AGGAGGCCAGGCACUCGGGCAUUUGCAUUUGAGCCAGCGUCCAACAGUAUUCUCUAACUCAUUCGCAUGGCAGUUGGGACUCUUAGAUCUCUUUUAGCUCCAACAUCCAAAUUCUCUAACUCUAUUCAUCUUCGACACUUCUCAGCAAAACCCAGAGCCGCAAAACUGAAUUCCCAAAUUCAAUUUCCUCUCGACUACAAUCAAAAAUCCCCCCAAAGAAAUCUUAUACCCAUUUAUAGUCUUCUCAAGAGGUAUGGGUUUCCACUAUCUGAACUCCAUCAUUUCCUUGCCAAGAAUCCAUCUUUGCUGAAUUCUGACCCCUCUAAAGUUGGAAAAUCCCUUCAAAUUCUGUUUUCUCUGGGCCGCUCUCAACAAUUUCUUACUUCUCUGGUUGCUAGUUGCCCUAGGGUGUUAGACUACGAGUAUAUGAAGAAAUGGGAAAAGGUAAUGUCUGGAAUUCAGGGUUUUAAUCUUUCUGUAUUGGCUAUUAAGAAUGUUCUGCAAGUUUGUUUGAAGUUUGAGCUAGACCCAGAUGAUGCUUUGGCGUGUUUGAAGUGUUUGCAGGGUUUAGGGUUUAAUGAGGGUACUGUGAUUAGGGUUUUAGAAGAAUUCCCUGAAGUGGUAAUGACUAGUCCGGAUAGAAUUCAGGGUAAAGUUGAAUUCUUGAUGAGUGGUAUUGGCAUUGAAAGGACUGAGGUUGAUUGUGUUCUUGGGUCAUACCCAGGUGUAUUAGCAUUUGGAAUUGAGAACAGGCUUAAGCCAUUGCUCAAUGAAUUUAAGAGUCUUGGUUUUGGCUUGGAUAUAGUUAGGAGGGAGGUUACGAGAGAUCCGAGAAUUCUUGGGUUAGAAGCUGGCCAGCUUUCUCAUUGCUUGAAACUACUAAGGAGUUUGAAAUGUAGAGUCCCGGUUAAGGAUGAGAUUUUUCGAGAUGGAGCAUUCAGGGCCGGGUAUCGAGUGAAGUUGAGAGUUGAUUGCCUGCACAAACACGGUUUAACAUAUAGAGAUGCUUACAGUGUGCUAUGGAAAGAGCCAAGAGCAAUUUUGUACGAGAUAGGGGAAAUUGAGAGGAAAAUUCGGUUUUUGGGGGAGACAAUGAAAUUCGAUAUCGAGUCCCUAAUCGAUGUUCCAGAAUACUUGGGGGUGAAUUUUGAGAAACAGGUUGUUCCCAGAUUUAAGGUCAUUGAGUAUUUGAGAUCGAAAGGCGGGCUUGGUGACGAGGUGGGGUUGAGGGCCUUAAUUAAACCUAGUAGAUUGAAAUUUUACAAUCUCUAUGUCAAGCCUUAUCCCGAGUGUGAAAGUAUGUAUGGGAGACUCGCGGGAGAUGUUAGAGUCAAAGUUGGACAUCCAACCGGGAUGUGGAAGCUUUUCAAACCACCACAGUAUCAACAGUCCAAAGAAGAUAUUAUGAACAUCAAAUCGUAUAUGGAGUCACUAGCAUACUAGCACGAGUUCUAUUCUCAAUUCUUUCUCGUGAUGCAAAUGAAACUACCGUGUUCUUGGGGCUAAUUGUCCUUAAGGUAUACUUCCUAUCCUUUCUGUUGGCCGUUCUCUAUUGCCCUAUUCUUGCAUAACGAAUAUGUGUUUCUGCUUCAAUUUACGUAUUCAAUUGUCAUAUUGGGUUUGGCUGUGGUGGACUAAAAGCAUAAAAUUUUACAUGAAGAACUGACUGGUUUGGUCCCAUUUUAUGCGUCUGGUUCGGUUAACGAGGUUUGACUGAAGUUAUUUUUAAUUGUAAAAAGACCUCUUUGCAUUGUUUAUAAAGUUGUUAUUUUUGUUA